UCACAGCGUUAAUGAGGAUGCAGAUGUGGCUCACACCCAUUCCACAUCGCCAGCGAGUCAGGCAGCCAAGGAAAGAAAAAAACAGGAAGGAAAAUGCUUUUAUUUGCUUGGCUGACUCUGCUGACAGCAGAUCCGUGGUGCAUCACCUGCCAGCAAAUAACUGAGGAGGUGUUUCCUCCCUGGAGCCGGCUGGGGCUGGAAAGGGACUUUUCUGCUCUGGGAAAGGAGCUUUGGAAAAUCUGUGUAGGUUUCCACAGCUCCGGAGGUUUGGUGGAGCCUGCAGCGCCUCCCCUCCCCUCCCAUCCCUGCUCAGCCCUGCACAGGCUGCACACAGCAAUGAAGGCUGCAGCCCCGGCCUGGGGGGCACACCCCGAGCCCCCGAGCCUGGGGGUGCUCUCUGGGCUCCCCGUGCUGCUCCCGGCCCUGCUGGGGCUGCUCAGCAUCCCUGCGGCUCGUGGGGACUGCGGGCCCCCUCCUGCCAUGAGCCACUCCAGGCCCUCCAGCAGCUCCAGCAGCUUCCCGGUGGGGUCCCGGGUGACGUUCAUCUGCAGCGGGGGCGCCCGCAGGAUCCCGGGGCUGCCCGACACCACCGAGUGCCUGCCCGGCGGCUUCUGGUCCCGGCUGCCCGAGCCCUGCGGCCGGAGCUGUGCUGCCCCAGCCAGGCUGAGGUUUGCUGCCCUGUCCGAGGAGGACAAGAGGAGGAAUUUCUUCCCUGUUGGCACCAACGUGAGCUAUGUCUGCCGGCCUGGCUACGAGAACACCUCAGAGAGCUCCCCCUCCAGCACCUGCCUCCAGAACCUGACGUGGUCACAGCCUGCUGAGCUGUGCAGGAGGAGGUCCUGCAGUGCCCCAGGAGCGCUGCCCGGGGGCAGGAUGGGGCCCCUGACCGAGCUGCAGCUGGGAGCACGAGUGGCUGUGUCCUGUGAGGAUGGGUAUAAAUUAGUUGGGAAUGAUUUCAUCCGGUGCCAGCUGAAAGGAAACGAUGUUGUAUGGAGCGAACUUCCAACUUGUGAAUUGAUCACCUGCUCCGCACCUCCUCCCAUCAGCCACGGCACGCACGAUGGGCAAGGGCAGGAAAUUUUCGCUCUGAACUCCACGGUGAGCUACAGCUGCGAGCCCGACUUCCAGCUGCGGGGGGCCCGGAGCAUCCGCUGCACCAGCGGCGCCGGCAGCGCCGGGGUCUGGAGCGGAGCCGCCCCCGAGUGCAAAGGUCCCCGUGGGAAUGGAAUCCAUCCCUCCGGGAAGGGUCUGAGGUGGGAGACGAGGCUCAGCCUCUACAGAAAGGCUCUGCAGAGCUCCCACUCCUCCUCUGCCUUCAGAAUUGUUCUUCCACCUUUCUACAAACCCCCAAAAUCCUACUCUGGGACCAGCAAAGCAUCCACGUGUCCUCCCAAGCACGCGGGGAUCCUCCCCCCACCUGGCUGCUUUCGGUCCAAAUUUACAUUAUUUUGUGGAAGGAGGUUGUGCACAGCCAGGAGAAGCUGGGCAAGGUGGAAGUUCUGGUCCUCCAAAUUCCCCACCCGCUGCAAAGGAGAGUUUUAUCCAUGAGAAAGUGAUGACGUCUUAGCACUCCAAGAAAUUGAUGGAAAAUCAUUCCAGCAAGCAUUGGCAGAUUUCCCUUUCUGCUCCUCCCAUCCGAGUUUUCCUUUCGGCGAUCUCCUUCCAGCGGCUCCAGCUGUGAUCCCCAUCCCAGCGGGGCUCCAGAGGCUGCGCUGCCCCAAGCCCCCGGGGCUCCUGCAGGCAGAGCCCGGCUGUGCCACACCCAGCUGAUGCUCUGUUUCCACGUUUUCUGCUCACUGGCAACGCCACAACAAACCCCAAAUACAGCCCAGCCUCCCUUAACUUCCCGGGAAUUCCUGGCUGCAGCUGAUCCUGCUGUGGAUCCGUGGAUUUCCCUGUCCUGCAGAGUUUCAGCUCAUUUCUUUUAGGAAACCGUGGUACUUCGGAUAUUACAUUGUUUGAUCUUUAUAUCUUGAGUGCUUUAAGCCCUUCCUUUAGCAAAAGCUUCUUGUAUCAGCCCAAAGUUCCUUGCAGUUUUUUUUUUUUCCCACUGCAGGAAGAUAAAGCCGUGUGUGGGCCGGGCAUCUCUGACCUCGUAACGAAAAAGAGCCACUUCUGCUUUCCAGGGGGAGGGAGGCAGCUCAGCGCUGCUGUGAGCACAUCAACCGCACAGACACAGAAACACAACUCCUAAAUAUCCUCCCCAGCGCUGUCACCCUGCGGCAGAGGGACAGGAAAAGAGUCCCGGGCAUUCCUUUGGCUGCACACCUCAAUUUUGUCCUGUAAAGACCUAAAACUCCCAAAGCCUUUCUGGUUUUUUAUUUCUAUUUAGCGAUAAAUGGUAAUUGUUUAUAAAGGGCAGACUGUGAAUUCAGCUCCCUGCUGUUUUCUUGUCAUAUUUUAUUCUCUUUUUCAAGAAGGAAUCAGCUUUAAGUUACAUUCUGACAAUGUUCAGUCGCUCUGAACAUUUAUUUUCUAAAUGCCAUCCAUGGCAAGUUAAACUUGUUUAUAUAGAUUAAAAAAAUAAUAAAGGAGGGAAGCAAAUCCAUGCA